AUGAAGAAGUUGCAAGAGGAAGAAGGAUUCAAGGUCAUGGCUAUGGAAAAUGAGAAACUCACGGGAGAGGAGAAGAAAAAUGGAGAGAGAAUAUGGGAGGUCCUUCGUAAGAGGACGCAGAAAGCUCAUAUUUCACAGCGAGUAUGGAAUACAGAGCAUGUAAGGAAAAUAAAGACUAGAGGUGGGAAGCCAUCUAGGGGGCCACCUAUAGGCGUUAUCCUAGAGGUUGUCGCAGACUACCUGACACAGGCCGGAUUCAUACAUGUUGCCCGAAUGCGACAUAUUCAGAUCGAUGCCCCUUUAAUUAGUGCUCUGGUCGAGAGGUGGAGACCAGAGACACAUACUUUCCACAUGACCCAAGGUGAGAUGACUAUCACAUUGCAAGAUAUGGUAGGCAUAUUGGGGUUGCCUACUGACGGGGAUGUCGUCACGAGAUCCACCUCUGAGGAUUGGCCCGCUGUUUGUGGGGCUGUAUUUGGCGCGGUUCCACAGCCAAAUGAGUUCCAUCAUUCAGGCGACGUGCGUAUCUCAUACUUAGAUCGGUUAUAUACCAGGUGGACUGAUCAUGAAAGAGAUCGUGCUGCCGAGAUCUACUUCACAAAGGCGCACAUUGCCAGGAUGCUUGGUUCUUGGUUGCUAGCGGACAAGUCUGGAGGCAGCAAUUUCGGUUGUCGGCUAGUCCCGUUGCUUGGGGGAAGAUUUGAUGAUAUUGGCCGAUACAGCUGGGGAUCUGCGGUUCUGUUACACCUUUUCAAGAAUUUGUGUGAAUUGACAGAUGCCGAUCGAUCUGACAUGGGUGGUUGUCAUAUUCUCCUUCAAAUCUGGGCAUGGAUACGAUUCCCACCCAGGUAUUAA